AUGGCGGAGGUUGAGUUCAAGGUGGGUGCCAAGGGGAAGAAGGACCUGGUGGACAAUGCGCUGGACAGGAAGUUCCGGGGCUCCAGGGUGGACGGCUACUUCCGGGUCUCCGAGCGGGGCUCGAACCUCACGACGGAGAUUCGCGCCGGGGUCACCACCUUCCUCACGGCGGCCUACAUCAUGGCCGUGAACCCCAACAUCCUGAGCACCACGGGCCUCAACUUCGAUGGCCUCGUCUUCGCCACGGCGGCCUCCAGCUGCGUCGCCACGCUGAUCAUGGCGCUCUGGGCCAACUUGCCCUUCGGGCUCUGGCCGGGCAUGGGCAUGAACGCCUACUUCGCCUACACGAUCGUGGGGUUCAAGGGGCAGCAGAAUGCCGUGAAGAAGGUGAUGAUGGCGGUGACCGUGGAGGGCGUGAUUUUCAUCAUCAUGUCUGCCCUCGAUAUCCGGCGCUAUGUCUUCAAGGUCUUCCCGACCUGGAUGAUGAAGGCCACCAUGGCAGGGAUCGGCUUGUUCCUGGCCUUCAUCGGCCUGCAGGCUGGCAACGGCAUCGACAUCGUCCGGGACCAUCCGGCAGUGUUGGUGGAUCUCGUCACUCUUACGGGCGAGCACUACCUGCGAACUUGGGUCGGGAUUGGGUUCUUUUGCCUCAUGAGCCUGCUGAUCCUCCUGCGCGUGCGCGGCGCCGUCAUGGUCUGCAUCCUCCUCAGCGCAGUCCUCUCCUGGAUCUUGCAGGCUGCAGAGGUGGAGCAGUUCGGCUACAAGCCCAUGUGCUGCCUCGGCAGCGUGUCCUACGUGGAGCCUGAGAAUGGAGCUGCGGGGUGGUACCCGAAGCCGGGGGGUGGCUUCUACCCCAAGCCGACAUGUGAGAAUCCCUACACGGUGCCUGGCUAUGGCCAGAUGGAGAGCACGGAGACCGGCUCCUCCGUUAGCUUCGUGUCCUCAGCCUCGGUGUCCGUGGCCAACGGCGUCUAUACCAUCACGGAUGGCGCUUCCUCCACGAACCACACCGGCAGCCUCUACUUCCAGGGCGUCGCAGCCGGCCGCGAUUCAACCUUCAAGGGCGGCUGCCCAGAUGCGUGCCAUGCCAUGCUGGGCGGCUUCAAUCCCAUUUGUUUCGACACGGUCUUGGUGGAGACAGGCUGCUGGACCUCCAUGUCCUACCAAAGUCGGGCAAGUGCCAAGCUCGUGCUCGAUCAGUUCGGAGAGGGCUGCAUUGGUGGCGCCGGCCGCAUUCCGAAGACCUUCAGCGCGCCAAGCGCGUUUGCCUCGCUUCCCUUGAUCGAUGUGGCAGGGCCCUUGGUUGCUCCAUUCUCCGGAUGGGCGGGCUGUGACGCAGAUGGCAACUGCGAGAGCGGCGACGUCUCCGGCGGAACCAUCUUGGCUUGGGACUUCUCUGGCUUCGGGGACUGGCAAGGCUUCUGGAACCCCUUGUUGACCCUCCUCUACAUUGACUUCAUCGGAACAAUGGGCUUUCUGUAUGCGGCCGCAGACCUGAGCGGCCUGGUUGACCCCAAGAAGCCCGAGAGCUUUCCUGGCUGCUACGCCGCCUUCAUGGCAGAUGCCGUCGGAACCUUCGUCGGCGGCUUCCUGGGCACCAGCUCUGUGACAACUUAUGGCGAGUCCAUGGCCGGUGUUUAUGAGGGUGGCCGCACGGGCCUCACCGCGCUCGUGAUCGCCUUCCUGAACUUUAUCUGCAUCUUCAUGACGCCGCUGCUGUCCUCUGUCCCCACCCUCUCCACGGGGCCUGCGCUGGUCAUGGUGGGUGUCUUCAUGAUCGAAGGUGUGAAGGACAUCGACUGGACGGACUACAUGCAGGCCAUCCCGUCCACAAUUUGCAUCCUUCUGCAAAUCACCACCUACAAGAUCGAGGUGGGCGUCUUGGGAGCCUUGCUGGUAUGGAGCUUCCUGAUGGUCUUCUCCGGCCGCGUCUUCUUGUACAUCCCCGGAGCCUGGGACAAGCUGCCGCUUGCCGUGCAGAACUUCGUGUCGUCUCAGCAAGGGGACGCGGACUUCCAGCGACGCCUCAAGGAAGUCGCCACACUUCCACACGAGCCGAGGAAACUGAAUGUGCUCCCCGCCCCUGACGUGGAGCAGCCUGCCCCCCGCCAGGCCUGGUGA